UGAGCAUUCUCGGGUUUUAAAAUUGUUUUCAUUCGCUGCGCGGAUUGGCAGCGCACUUGAACGGGUCCAACAAAAAUGGUGUGGCAUCUAUUUCUACUGACUGUGUUGGCCUUGACCCCUGACAUAUCCUGCCAAAAGCCGGUGUUCCUGUCGCCGUAUCUAGACAGAGGCGACAUCAAGUCCGCCCUUAACGCCAGUUUUGUUGAGCCAAAGUUCUUCCCGCUGGCCGAGGUGCCGCCGAGCUAUGCUGGCUACAUCACGGCCGACGAGAUGCUGGGCAACCAUCUGUUCUUCUGGUUCUUCCCCUCCCCCAGCAACGCCAGCGCCCCCCUGUGUGUCUGGCUGAACGGCGGGCCCACCGUCUCGUCGAUGGUGGGCCUGCUGUGGGAGCACGGCCCACUGGAAGUAUUUGGCGAGCAGACCACGCACUACAGGGCGAGGAAAUACUCGUGGGUGGGGCCGUUCUCUAUGCUGUACAUCGACAGCCCUGUCGAGACCGGCUACAGCUUCACCGAGAGCGGCCUGGCAGGGCUGCGUGUCUCACAAGACGGCAUCGCUAAAGACCUGUUCUCGUUCAUGGAACAGUUCUACGUCAUGUUCCCUGAAUACAAAGCCAGGGAACUUUACAUCGGGGGACAAUCUUACGCCGGGAAGUACGUGCCGCACCUCGCUUAUUUCAUCCACAAACAAAAACGGGCGAAGAAGACGGACAUGCCGCUAACCGGCAUCUACCUGGGCGGACCGUUCUACGACCCACCCGUCCAAAGUCUGUCGUACGUCGAGUACCUGUACGCCCUGGGCGCCCUCAGCCACGCCCAGAAGACCGAGCGCCAGAGGGCGGUGUCCGAGGUGGUCAGGAAGUACCAGAGCCUGGAGCUGAAGAACGACAGCAUGACCUACAUCUUCAAGGAGAUCGUGCCCCGGUGGGGGCUGGACAGUAACGACAAUUACGUCACGGGGCGGCCGGCGGGCUACAGCCUUGUGGCCAACUUCAUGAGCGCCAGAAACACGCGGGCGGGCGUGCAUGUCGGCAACAUGAAGUACAACGUCGUCAACACAGACAUCUACUGCAAGUUCGGCCCAGACCUUCUAUCCAGCGCCAAAAAACAGAUGGCGGUUUUAAUGGACAACUACAAGGUGUUAAUCUAUACAGGUGACUAUGACGUCAUUGUGAGCUCCAUCAUGGUGGAGGCAGCACUCCACAGCACGCCCUGGGCUGGGCAGCGUGAGUACAACACGAGUCGCAGGGAGGUCUGGCUGGGGCAGGACGACACGCUGUGGGGGUUCUACUCCAGGACCGGCCGCUUCUGUCGCGUGGUGGUCAAAGGAUCAGGUCAUCAGACGCCGCAUGACGUGCCGCAUGCUGCAUACGACAUGAUGGUCCAGUUCGUCCGGCAUGGCUGCAUAAACACGUCGAACAAACUAAACGACACGCUAACAAAGUCUGUCUUCAAGAGUGCACGGCCAGGCAGCUGGAUAUUGAACAACAUCGGGCACAGCAGCGUGUAGCUGGGUGCCAUCACAUACAUGCUGCGGGAAUUCUGUAACAACUGAAGGCCAUUGUAUAGAUGUAGGUCAUUGUGUAAAGAUGAAUGGCACUGUAUAUAGCAUUGGCGGAACUAGUAAUAAAGGGCCUCCCUGAACAAAUAUGUCGGCCCC